UUCUUUGCGCUCUUACGUCUGCCAGUGGGUUUCCGCCAUAUUUGCUGUGCAGCAGUUUCGCCACAGAUACUGACCAGAAUCGCCUGCCAUCGCUCGUCGGUGAGGUGAUCAGCAAAGUAUCCAGCCAUGAGCGGAGGAACUCCGUAUCUCGGCAGCAAGAUAAGCCUUAUAUCGAAGGCUAAUAUUCGAUAUGAAGGGAUCUUAUACACCAUAGACACCAAGGAGUCUACUGUCGCCCUCGCGAAAGUUCGCUCCUAUGGAACUGAGGACCGCCCGACGGACCGUCCGGUGGCGCCCAGAGAUGAGGUGUACGAGUACAUCAUCUUCCGCGGCAGCGACAUCAGGGAUCUGCAUGUCAGCGAGCCACCCAAGACAACGCAAUCCAACCAGCCCCAGGACCCAGCCAUAGUACAGCAAUCGGCCCCAGUGGGUGCCCCCCAGGGGCCAGGGUUCCAGCCGCCAGGGUUUGGUGGAGGCCCCCCAGGGAUUGGUGCAGGGGGUUACACCCCAUUUGGUGCAGGGAUGCCAUAUGGUAACUAUGCCCAUACUGCAUGGAACCAGCAGUACAGAGAGCCGGGCAUGCCUACAGGUGGGUCCCACCCAGGUUCCCGUGGUUCUACACCACCGCUGCGUAAGUCUCCCACGGUAGAGCAGGGUACCCAGGUCUCCGAGUCCAUGGCUCCUGGUGCCAAGAAAGAAGAGAAGCAGCAGAAACAGGGAGACAGAAAGGCUCCGGGCCAGAGGCCAUCGAGUGGUCAGCAGCAGAACCGGUCUGCACAGCAGGGUCAGCAGAACCGCCAGAACCAGCCACGCAACCAGAACCAAAACCAGAAUCAAAACCAGAGAGCGGUGCCCCUCCCCUCGGCCGUCAGCAGUGGCCCCUCCGCCUUCCCCCUCCAGCAGCCUACCCAGCAUGCCGAGCAGCAGCGACAGCUCUUCCCAGGAGCCUCUGCCACCGUCCGGGAAAACAGGGAACCCUUCCGCGCGCCCGGGGCUCCACAGGGUGCUCCGCAGCGUGGCCGUACACGAGGCAGGGGCGGCCCGCGCGGUGGUGGCGGCGGUCCCAGGCCGCAAUCCGGACCCAACCAGAACAGACCGGGCAGCCAAAACAGACCGCGGGAGCCCAUCAAGUUUGACACAGAUUUUGACUUUGAAAGUGCCAAUGCUCAGUUUGACAAGGAUGCCCUGUCCAAGGAAAUGGAGGAAAAACUGAAAAUAAGUAAGAAAAAAACUGACAAGGACAAGGUUGUGAACGGGACUACGGAGGAGCGUGAGAAGGACGUGAGCGACUCCGGGAACGAGACUCAGGUGAGCGAGCAGCAGCCUGAGGAGGAGGAAGACGAGGUCUACUACGACAAGACAAAGUCCUUCUUCGACAACAUCUCCUGUGAGGCAUCCGAGAGGGGGAAGAAGAGUGAAGGUAUGUUGCCAUCCUACAGCAGAAUGUCGUGGCAAGAGGAGCGUUCCCUCAACCACGAGACGUUUGGUGUGACCUCGCGGAACUACCGUCGUGGGUACCGUAGCAGGGGUGGAUACCGCGGGGGCUGGCGCGGCCGUGGUAGGGGACGUGGGGGUGGCGGAGGUGGAGGCGGCGGCAACAGAGGUGGCGGUCGCUCGUACGGAAACAGGAACAGAAACUCGCAGGGCUGGGUGGACUAUGAGUUUGACUACGAGGCAGCAGGAAUCAAGAAACCCCCGACAACAGCAUCAUCAUAACACCAGAUAGCAAGUCAUCAGCAUCGUCAUCUGUGGAACAGUUGACAACAACCUUCAGGGACUAUGAGCAAGCAGCACCACCUACAAACUAUUCAAGACUUGGGACAUUUUUCUUCACGGAGCAGGAUUUGGAAGAUGAAAGAAGUAAAACAAAGGAGCUUACCACAAAUGAAAACCUUGGGCUAGACUUCAACAGUUGAGAAUAAGCUGACAUCCCCCUCUAUAUAACUCCCAAGUCAUUCUUUGUGUGUCAAGUAAAGCCUGAUAAAUGUAAGGCUGUAGUAGACUGUUGAAGUGUUGCCUUAAGGUGAUGUAUUGGUCAAUGUGAAGUCUUAGAGGGUGCAGGGUCAUAAAAGUGGUAUAGUCUGAGAAAACUGUCAAAUUGUGCUGUAUGAAGAGGUGUAGUAUGAGAAAGUUGUCAAAUUGUGUUGUACAUUGAAGAGGAAAUUAACCUGAAGUCCCUGAAAAUCUUCAAGUCUUGUAUAAAUCCAGCUCAAAUAUCAUGUAAUGGAAUGUUUGGCUGCCCUAUACCUUUUAUAAACCUGCACCACUCCCCUUUAUAUUUACAUUGGCAAGUUCAUGGCAGGCACUAUGUACUGUCAAUCUGUAAGUUUGUCACCUAGAUGGUCGUAAAGAUGCAAUGAUGCUGUUUUCUGUCAGUACAAACUUUGUUGUGUGGUGACAGUAUGAUGAAGAGACGUGAAGGAGCUAGAAUUUUCGAAGAAAGGGGAAGGUGGUAUGACCAAAAAAACUGAAGCCCCUAUAGAGAUAUUGUAUGUACUUUUUGUAGCAGAAUCAAAAAUCACCAACUGGGCUGGAAUACAAUGUAGAGAAACUGACACUGUCUUCUCAGAGAUACUUAGGAUUUGUGUCGAAAGAAAGUUGAAAUGAAGGAUUUUGGACCAUGGCAAGGCAGCAGUAAUACUGUCAGAUUGAGUUAACUUGUGUGCAGUCAGUAAAGAGAAACUGAAAACAGUGCAAACAUUUUGAUUGACCAGCAGAAUUUGAAUAUUUCUGUUAUUUGGCCAGGAUUCCAGAGUGCCUCCCCCUUCUAACAUGAUACAUACUUUGUUAGAGCGAGAAAGCUGACAAAGUUGAACAUUCCAGUCGACUGCAAGUAUUGGGAGGACAUGAAAAAUGUGACAUGCCCACUAUGGAAAUGACUGUGGCAUUGGUUCCCACCACUAGCAAGCAUUAAGUGAUCUUCCAGAUUGUUAAUGUAUUAACCAUUGUUUUCAUAAGUCAUUGAAAGUGGGAGCAGCAGAAUCUGUGUGUACAGUUGAGUGGUUAUCAGGAGCAAUGCUACAGAGGAGUGCUAGUGGAGAUGGUCUCAAAUUAUUGGAGAGAUUUCUAGACAAGAAUUGUAUUAAAGUAUGCACAGAAGGAUUGCACUAAGUUGGAAAGAGAAAUCCGGUGAAGUCCGAAUGCAACUGUAAACCAUUAUUACCUUAUGUUAGAGUGGAAUUUACUUUACUUUGGGCUUACUUUACGGAAUGAAAUAAGUUUGCUUCAAGAAAUAUGGAGACCAUGGUUUAGUUUCAGAGGUUUGAGAAUCAUAUAUAUAUGUAUAUCACUUGCAGCCAUAUAGUGUGAUCUAUGCCGACUCUGCAGUCAUUUAUGGUAGCCUUUUUUCUCUUGUUUCUUUGAGCUUUAUUUAUCAGUGUCCCAGAUGGAACCAUUAAGUUGGAAGACGACGAUGUAUGGAUUUGAGCAUGAAGUGGAGGCAGCAAUGGUAAUAAAAAAUGCCUUUGAACAGCAUGUCUACCAUGUCAGGUUUAAUGUAUAUUUACAACAUUCGGCUCUGACUUCUAUCAGGUUUAUGAUAAUGCCAAAGCAGAAUAAGCAUUUAUUGAACAACAAGCCUGCAUUGGGACCUACAAAUGACUUCUUAUUCCCCCAUAUUUGUUGAUUUAAUACCAUAAGAUAAUAUUGCUGCACCGGGAACUGAUGUUAACUCUACCAUUGUUGCACACAUUAAAAGGCCUGACAAAUC